AUGCCAAGGAACGGCACAUGUGUGAUGAAUCAAAUGCUGGCAGAAUCAAAGCCAGUCGAGGAAUUGGGCGACGAAACGGCGCCAGCGCAUCCGACUGGCCCGUUCAAGCUAUUGGGAGAGGAUCUGAUCGUGAAUCAGAUGCGCCGGCUGAUUCAACUCCUCGACAACUGGGUCAAAGUCAACUUCAAAGACGUGGCAAAGAUACCACCAGAAUCGCUUGAGACAGACGGGCAGCUCAACGCGCCCCAGCGACGGGCCUUGGUUCAUGCCACUGUCGCCAAUCUUAUCCAUGCUGAGAUAUUUGGACCCUACCACUUCUAG